CUGAGGAGCGUCCGUUCUCACCUCUUGUCUGAUUUCCGGGACAAAGGCGAGGCGGUGAAGCUCACCACGCAGUGCCUCAGCCAGGAGUUUGAGGGCCCCUGCUCCCGGCUGCCGGCCCACGUGCACAAACCCGCGCACGUGAGCUACGACCGCUGGCAGAGCAACUGCCAGGGCCUCAAGAUGGCCGCCGACGGCCUCAUCCGGGAGUCCGCCGCCUUCAGGGGGAACCUGCAGUUCCUGCUGGCCAACUUAAAAAACUCCCAGGAGCACCAGCGGAGGAGCACAGACGAGGCUCUGCGCAGGAAAAUCUACGAGCUGACCAGAGUCCAGGACACCCUGAUGUGGGAGAAGCAGAGGGUCAGUUUUUCUCUGGCUCCGGCCUCCUUUAACUCAUUUUUUUUAUUCAUGUUUUUAUUCACGUGA